AAUAUUACAAUUAAUGCAAAAAUCAGAUGCCAAAGAAGCACGGCCAAGUUGCAUCGUACCAGUUCGAUCAUCGAAUGUAAACGGGCGUGGCGCCCCGGGAUUAUCCAGCUCCUGGAUUUCAUGCGAAGGACGUGCGAUGUAUUUUUGUGGGGCUCGAGCUCACUUUCCACGGCGGUCGCACGAACGGGCUCGGCCAUCUUCCCCACGCCGUCCGAAGGGGAGGAGGAGUGGUCGCAAAACAGAUCACAACGUGCACUUUUACUCGUUGCUUCCUCUGGACCGGUAAAUUCCGUUGGGCCUCAGGGACUUGAGCCGCGAGGCGGUGGGUCCGAAAAUCUGCGUUGCCUACCACUUGGAACUUUGGCUGGAUUUGGAUAGGGCCCAAAUUGCCCUUGCGGAGGUUCGUCGAGAAGUUGACUGCAUGCGAAUUGUGCUCGAUUUGAAUUCACCAAUCCUCCGGAUGACGUGCUGUGGUGCUGAGCCUUCGGAUGCUCGUGCUCGGGAAUGUGGGAAGUCCUGCUCUUCAUCGCAAUUUGAAAAGUCAUGAAGAUGUGAUUAGUGCGAAGUCUGACGCAAUUUCUGAAAUUGGAGAGAAUUGCUACAGACGGGAACCUUCCCCGCGCUCUUUUCCUGUGUUUUGGAUUGAGACAGUGAAAUGCAGCCGAAAAUCGGGCCCAGUUUUCAAUGCUAAUGAGUAGCUGUGAAAAAUUCGAAUGGCGUCUCUGAAUCCGGUGGCAUUUUAAUUCUUCGAGAACCAGUUGUUUGUCAACUUUGAAUCGGCGUUCUGAAUUUCACGGAACAGGAUUCAGAGUCCGUUUCUGGGUAUAGUGAUACAGCAUUCUGCAGACAUCAAAUGUCAACCUGCUCACCGGGCUGGUCAGGGUAGCGAUUGUGGUACAAGAUUGAUAUUGUUCGUCAAGUUUAUCAUUACUCCAACAAGGGGCGAUGGGUCCUGUACAUGAACCCCCGACGAUAAGCGAGAUCAUGUACAAGGCCAUAGCAGAGCGUGCAUUUCCUGGAGGAGCAGUGGCGUUUGGGUCCUGCACUGUCCCUUUCUACUAUCGAGCCUUUGGAACCUACACAUACGAAUCCAGCAUACAAGUCACCCCGGAGUCGUUGUGGGACCUUGCUUCUCUUACUAAGAUUAUGGUUACAACACCAUGCAUCAUGCUCCUGUAUGACCGAGGACUGAUAGAGCUGGAGGAAGUAGCUUGCAAGUACUUGCCAGAAUUUGGCACCAAUGGAAAGGAGCUCGUUACCAUCCAUCAGCUUCUGACUCAUACAGCAGGUCUUCGGGAGUUUUAUUCCUUUUUCGAUAUGGGUCUAACGACCAAGAAGCAGGUGCUAGAGUACAUACUAAAUGAUAAACUUUGGUACACUGCUGGAGAGAUGGCUCGUUACAGCGAUAUAUCCAUGAUUGUUUUGGGGCUGAUAGUAGAAAGAAUAUCAGGACUUCCUCUUGAUAAGUUUGCAUCAGAGGAAAUCUUUCAGCCUCUUGGUAUGCGGCACACUACCUUCCGACCAGUCGAGCUCACAGACUUUGAUGUCAUGGUUGUUCCUACUGAGGUGGAUCGUCUACAUCGAAAUCGUCUUCUUUGGGGUGAAGUUCAUGAUCCAACGGCUUUCCUGCUUGGAGGUGUGGCUGGCCAUGCAGGUCUUUUCUCUUCAAUCAUUGAUGUCUGUAGGUUUGCACAGAUGAUGCUUGCAGGGGGCAUGGACCUGAUCACAAAUCGGCGUCUGUUCAAAGAAAGUACCGUGCGCCUAUUCAUCACACCAAACCUGAAAACGGCUAGCAACCCUCGCCCAUUUGCUCUAGGAUGGGAUGUCUCUGUGAGGAGAGCACUCGAUGGUUAUCAAUCAGCAGGUCAAUACCUGCUACCCCGAACCUUCGGUCAUACUGGAUUCACAGGAACGUCUCUGUGGAUGGAUCCGGAUCGCGAUCUUUUCGUCGCUCUAUUGACAAAUGCAGUUCAUCCUUCAGCGAUUGUCGGCUUCGGAUCGAAGGUACGGAAAGUGAGACCUUUGAUUGCAGACGCAGCAGUUUACACAAUGGAACAACAAGCAAUUCCCAGAGGAUCACUGAGCUGGCAGCUCGAAAGCAGUGAUGGGGACGUCAUUGGUGAGAAUCUCAUUCAUCCAGCAGCAGCAACUUACUCCAGCCAACAAGCUGGCAUGCCAACAAAACAACACUAUAACCAUGAUCUGACGAGUACAGCUGCGAUAGGAAAACACAUGUCAGUGGAGACUGCACUCACCCUGCACAGGCAAGAACCAGCUAAUAAUGUGGAAUCGUCUUCUAGCCAGUUUUCUGAGAAAGUUAUUUCCACAAGGUCGCAAGAAUUUGAAGAAGCUGUGGUCUCAAAAAGAACAGGCGUCCAGGUGUUGCUACCAGUUUUCAUAUUUUCCCUGGUCGUAAGUUUCCUAUCCUGAGAAGAUGGUACAAAAGCGUUCAUAUUUGGACAUCAAGUUUUGGCCGGAGGGAUAGAGCAGUGUUUCUAACGUCGUCCCUCCAACAAGCACCAGGAGACACGGAAAAGUACAGGCACUUUUCCGUGUCUCCUGGUGAAGAGUAUGAGAAGUACAACGAGGCUAUGUAACUGUUUGGCAAGUAUGGCAACCGAAUUUAGUCACCGUUUGUCAUCUGAUGUAAUUAGCUCUUGUAUAAUAGGGAAAAGAUUUGUGAGGGAAUCUUUGUAACCAGGAAGAAUGCUUAACCAGGAGAUUGCACAAAUGGUACGAGAAUCCGUCUGGACAUCAUCGUGGUUGACAACCC